UCUGGAAGCACCAGAUAUACACCUGGAUAAACUGAAGGUAUGACAUAUUUAUAUAGAUUAUGUCCAUGUCUUUCACACCAAGGGAUUCCUGAAUCCCUAAAAUGGAUAAACCGCAGAUGUCUGACCCAGCUGAACAGAGUGGCUCUGACAAAACCCCUGCAAAGCAGCGGGUGACAUCCUGUCUGCUGUGUGCAGCCUUCUUUGGUGCCUUUGGCUCGUCUUUCCUUUACGGCUACAACCUGUCUGUCGUCAAUGCUCCAGCAUUGUACAUUAAAGCUUUUUACAAUCGGACAUGGAUGGAGAGAUACAACGAGUCUGUCAGAGCAGAGACGAUUACGCUCCUCUGGUCCAUCACGGUCUCCAUAUUUUCCAUUGGGGGCCUUUUCGGAGCGCUGGCUGUCUCCUGGCUCCUAAAAAUACUGGGAAGAAAGGGAACCUUGUUGCUGAAUAACAUCUUUGCUGUGAUAGCUGCAUUGCUGCUGACCUUUGGCGAGAGUGCACGGUCCUUUGAGAUGUUCAUUAUUGGCCGGUUUAUAGUGGGGGUGGACUCUGGUAUAGCUCUCAGUGUACUACCUAUGUAUCUUGGAGAAAUUUCCCCAAGACAUAUCCGUGGUUCUAUCGGUCAGUUCAACUCUAUUCUGAUCUGUCUUGGAGUGUUCUUUGGUCAGGUGCUGGGCCUACCUGAGCUGCUAGGCCAGGAGUCCAGAUGGAACUACUUAUUUUCCUUCCUGGCAUUGCCUGCUGUGCUGCAGCUCUGCGUUAUGCCUUUCUUUCCAGAGAGCCCUCGCUACCUGCUGAUUGAGAGGAGGGAUGAGGCUGCAGCAGAGAGAGCCUUUCAGAGAUUCCUUGGAAAAAAGGAUGUUUCUCUUGAAUUGGAAGAGGUCCAUGCAGAGGCACGAGUUCAGAAAACUCUCCACACGGUUUCGGUCUUACAGCUUCUGAAGAAUCGGGGGGUUCGCUGGCAGCUCAUCACAGUCUUGGUCACCAUGGCCAGCUAUCAGCUCUGCGGCCUCAACGCUAUCUGGUACUACACCAGUAGUAUCCUACACGAAGCAGGCUUUGCUGACAAUAUUGUCCCGUAUAUAACCCUCAGCACAGGAGGUGUAGAGACUUUCUCCGCCAUCAUCUCUGGUUUAGUAAUAGAGCGAAUCGGGCGAAAACCUCUACUCAUAUUUGGCUUCAGUGCCAUGGCAGUGUUCUUCAGCCUACUCACAGUGUUCCUCAAUUUUCAAGACAGUGUGUCAUGGAUGCCCUACCUCAGUUAUUUCUGCAUACUGGCAGUAAUUGCUUCCUUCUGCUCCGGACCAGGAGGCAUCCCAUUUAUCUUGACUGGUGAACUGUUUGAACAAUCCUACAGGCCUGCCGCGUUCAUGAUUGCAGGCAUUGUGAACUGGCUGUCCAACUUUGCAGUGGGCCUCUUGUUUCCCUUUAUACAGGAGAGCCUGGAGACAUUUGCCUUUCUGGUGUUUGUGGGGGUCUGUAUCGUGGCACCGAUCUACCUCUUUGUCGUCCUCCCUGAAACCAAAAGUAAAACAUUCACGGACAUAAACCAGAGUUUUGCCAAGAUUAACAAAGUCCCCGUCCCCUCCACGACCCAUGAAAUGAAGCUCGUUCCGUGUAUUGAGCAAGAUAAGAACGGAGAAGUGCAAAAUGUCUUUAAGAUGGAGAGUUCCUUUUAAAUCAACACCAGUUGUCGUGAGGGAGCACUAAGAUGCACAAUAACAAUGUUAUUAUUUUUAUAUAUUCAUCAUGUUAUAAAGACACAUUGCAUCGUGUUAAAUCACAUCAAGAUGUCAAGUAAUGAUUCUGAUUUUAAAAUGCUCAUCACAUCAACAUUACCCAAUGCAUACAAAUUAAUUUAAUUGUUGUACUCUCUGUAGUUGGAUUGUCAUUUAAUCAAUUUCACACAGUAGAUAGUCAGUUUCAAUCUUGUUGUCUGAGAGGAUGAACACGCCACGCCAACUUUGCAUGUUGUCUGUGGCUGACAGAUAAUGUGAAAUUAUGCCAAAUUAAAUCUUUCAGUCUGCAUAUCAAAUCUGUCGUCUGGAGCCAAGACACAACUUAAUCCGCGGAUGCUUUCAAAAGUUGUAAUUCUCACGUUUCAAAGAUACCUGUGAGUGUUGUCAGAUAAGGCUCUCUUUGUAAGACGCUUCAGCCCAUUUAUUUUGAGAGUUGGUUGACUACAGUGGCUGAAAAAAGUAUUGAGCACAUCGCCAUUUUUCUCACUAAAUAUAUUUCCAAAGGUGAUAUUGACAUGAAAUUUUCACCAGAUUUUGGGAACAACCCAAAUAAUCCAUACAUACAACGAAAGUAGAACAAAUAAGAUCAGAAAUUAAGUUGUGUGUAAUAAUGAGAAAUGACACGGGGAAAACAUUUUGAACAAAUAAGAAUCUAAAAUCUAUCAAUAAUCAAAGAGCAAACCACCCCCUUAUCAGUGCAACUGAAUAUCAGCUGGUUCAAUCCUAAUUGAUGGCCUACAACAUGGUCUCAUUGCUAAGGUGGGAAUCAAGGCACAUCUCAUAGCAAAGAGCUGUCUCAAGACCCAUCCAUCCAUCCAUCCAUCCAUUUUCUUCCGCUUAUCCGAGGUUGGGUCGCAGGGGCAGUAGCUUUAGCAGGGACGCUCUCCCUUGCCACUUCAUCCAGCUCUUCCGGGGGGAUCCCGAGGCGUUCCCAAGCCAGCCGGCAGACGUAGUCUUUCCACCGUGUCCUGGGUCGUCUCCGGGUUCUCCUCCCAGUGGGACAUGCCCGGAACACCUCACCACAGAGGCGUCCAGGAGGCAUCCAAAUCAGAUGCGCUAGCCACCUCAUCUGGCUCCUCUCAAUGUGGAGGAACGGCAGCUCUACUCUGAGCCCCUCCCGGAUGACCGAGUUCUCCCCCACCCUAUGUUUAAUGGAGAGCCCGGACAGCCUGCGGAAGAAACUCAUUUCAGCCGCUUGUAUCCGGGAUCUUGUUCUUUCGGUCACGACCCACAGCUAGUGACCAGAGGUGAGGGAAGGAACGUACCUCAACCUGUAAAUUGAGAGCUUCGCCUUUCGGCUUAGCUCCUUCUUCACCACAACGGACCGAUACAAAGUCUGCAUCACUGCAGACGGUGCACCGAUCCGUCUGUGGAUCUCCUGUUCCAUUCUUCCCUCACUCGUGAACUCUCAUCCCCGACCUGAAGAGGGCACGCCACCCUUUUCCGACUGAGGACCAUAGUCUAAGAGAUGCAAUACUGAGGCCACCGAACUGGACCCCCUCUAUGCCUAGGCUGCACCCACCUGCAUUCUGUCCAUAAAAGUUAUGAUCAGAAUCGGUGACAAAGGGCAGCCUUGGCGGAAUCCAACCCUCACCGGACUUACUGCCAGAAAUGCGGACCAAAGCCUGACACUGGUCGUACAGGGACCGAAAAGCCCGUACCAGGGGGUUCGGUACGCCAUACUCCCGAAGCACCCCCCACAGGACUCCCCGAGGGACAAGGUCAAACGUGUUCUCCAAGUCCACAAAACACAUGUAGACUGGUUAGGCGAACUCCCAUGCACCCUCGAGGAACCUGCUGAGGGUGUAGAGCUGGUCCACCAUUCCACGGCCAGAAAACCACACUGCUCCUCCUGAGAUCCAGCUUCCUGACGGACCCUCCUUUCCAGCACCCCUGAACAGAUCUUACCAGGGAGGCUGAGGAGUGUGAUCCCCUGUAGUUGGAACACACCCUCCGGUCACCCUUCUUAAAAAGGGGCACCACCACCCCAGUCUGCCGAUCCAGCGGCACUGUCCCCGAUGUCCAUGCGAUGUUGCAGAUGUGUGUCAACCAGGACAGCCCUAAAACAUCCAGAGCCUUUAUGAACUCCGGGUGAAUCUCAUCCACCCCCGGGACUUUGCCACCGAGGAGGUUUUUAUCCACAUCGGAGACCUCAACCCCAGAGAUAGCAAGAGCCUGCCUCAGAGACCCCAGACUCUGCUUCCUCAUUGGAAGGCGUGUCGGGAGAAUUGAGGAGGUCUUUGAAGUAUUCUCCCCACCGACUCACAACGUUCCGAAUCGAGGUCAGCAGUGCCCCAUCCCCACUCUAUACAAUGUUGAUUGUGCACUGCUUCCCCCUCCUGAGACGCCGGAUGGUGGACCAGAAUUUCCUCAAAGCCGUCCGGAAUUUCCUCACCGAAUUCCUCACCGAAUUCCUCACCGAAUUCCUCACCGAAUUCCUCCCAUGCCCGAGAUUUUGCCUUAGCGACCACCAAAGCUGCGUUCCGCUUGUUCUAACGGUCUCAUUGCCCACAUGAGCAUUGAAGCCUCCCACCAGAACGAAGGAGUCCACAGCGGGAGCGCUCUCCAGCGGAAGCGCUCUCCAGCACCCCCUCCAAGGAGUUCCUUGGUUCCCAAAAAGGGUGGGUACUCUAAACUCCUGUUUGGUGCAUAGUCACAAACAACAGUCAGGACCCGUCCUCCCACCCGAAGGCAGAGGGAGGCUACUUUCUCGUCCACCGUGGUGAACUCCAAUGUACAGGCGCCGAGCCGGGCGGCAAUAAGUCUAUCCACACCUGCUAUUACCGUGGGCAACUCCAGAGUGGAGAGAGUCCAACCCCUCUCAAGAGGACUGGUAGCAGAGCCCAAGCCGUGUGUGAAGGGAAGCCCGACUAUAUCUUGUCGGAACUUCUCGACCUCACACACCAGCUCGGGCUCCUUCACUGCCUGAGACACAACAUUCCACGUCCCUAGAACCAGCUUAUGUAGCCGGGGAUUCCGAUAGGCUGCAAGUCUCUGAUCGGGACUUUGGGCGGGCCCUCGGGUACACUGUCACUGGGCCCUACUUUUGCUCAGUGUGCUGUUUGAGCUAUAUUCACUGAAUGGCUGUCCUAUCUGUUUUUAGAGAUUGCAUAAAAUCAACCAUAAAUAAAUGUUCUAUACUGGAUUGCAUAUAAUUACAGUCCAUCUGCCAGGUAAUUUAUGGUGAGAGGCGGGGUACACUAGCUUGAUGACCUGUCAAUUAAAGGACUGACACGUAGAUAGACAAUACCAUUAACGCUUAUAUUCACAACUUCCUGAACAAACACCAUCAAUAAACCUACACCUGCUACAUUUCUGGUACAACAGAAAUUCAUCCGAUGGUCGGACAACAAAAUAGGAGCUGCAUUCUUUGUAUGCUCCUGUACACUGCACAGCUAAAAAUUGCCCCCGAUUCAGUAAUUUUGGAAAGCCAUUUCAUCCCCCACAAAAAAAAAAAAAAAAAAAUAAUUUUCUCCAGAGCACAUCACUCGAUUUUCUAAAUUCUUGGUGCAUUGUACAAAGUUUCAAGUGGCAAUUCCAACCAGACUCAGCAUUUUGACAGACUGUCAUUUUUGGAAAACCUGUUUCACUUUGCUCCUCAUCCAUUUUUAAAGCAACCAUUUUCAAGAGACGGCUUUCCAUCCCAUCUGCCAACUGCAAUACAUUGCAUCAUCUGAUUUCCAUUCUUAGGCUGUCUUUGGCUGUGCUGCAGAACUGACAAAAACACAAUUAAUGCUCAUUAAGAAAAAAUAGAUUCUCCACCUGUGGUUGAGUUAAUUUAAUCCCCAUGUUGAGUGGAGAUGUGUGAGCAAGGUGUUUAUUGGAGCUGUUGUAAGAGCGUGAUGAGUAGUUAUUUACGGUGGUGCUGUAUUUCUGGUAGUGGUGGGCGGAUCGAUCCAAAUAUCGGUCAUAUUGAAACCAAAUCGGUGUCGGAUCGAUAAUAGCAUGAUGAGAUCGAUUCCGAAGUUUCAAUUUUACUCUUGUAUGCACUGCUGCAGUUUCGUCAAACAGGCGGCAGCCAGGUUACCGAACUCGCCGGUUCUGUCUCAGCACAGAGCAGGCAAACUUUGCUCCUCCUCCCCCAUCUUGUGUUUCGGUGUUGUACCGUCGCAUGACUUAGCAGUGCAAAAAAAUAUAUAAUAAUUAAUUGCGAUUCAGCAAUUUGAUGAUGUAUCUACCUAAAUUAUUGAAAAGUAUCGGUAUUGGUAUCGGUGAUACUGGUCCAUUAUUUCCUUCGUAUCCGAUCGAUACCAAAAUAUGCCAUAUUGAACACCACUAAUUUCCGGUGUGGAAUAGACUGGUAGCCUCUAAGUCAUACCUAAGAAACGAAAAAAAAUCCACUCAUGUAAAAGGAAAGAAAGAAGUGCACUUGAUGUUUUUGUCGAUUUUUAAAACAAUCGCAGCCUCACUGCUCUGCUACACACACACACAAACACACACCUAGUAUAUUCUCAGAGAUAUCAUCCUAGAUUACAGGCUUUGUAACGACAUCUGUCUUUGUUUGACUAAAUCCUUAUUUAGUACUCUCUGUCAUGCUCAGUGAGGUGCAUCAGUGGUUGGCAGCACCAUGUUCACUUCCAGUCCACCGAGGGAAACUGGGCAAAGUUGCAGUGCAGCGCUGGCCUGCCUGCGGCUGUGUGUUCAUGUAUCUGCAUACUACAACACUGUGCAAGCAUUACUCUGCCCCAACAGUCACAUUCAAUAAAUGUUGCUUGUCCAUGUUAUUCACAACAUUGCCAUUAAAAAAAAGAGAAAGUGGAAUAAAGAAAACAUCAUACAUCAGAGAGUUGUAUUGGUAUGUGCCUCUAUAAGUGGUUUGUUUCACACUACUGCCAAACAACAAGGAAAAAGUCAACGUGAUUAUCAAAAUGGGAUGAUGAAAUACAGUAAAUAAUGCAUAUAUGUCAGCAUCCUUACAGUACAGUGAGUGUGGAUUAGGAUACAUACCACAUACACAUUGCAGUGCAUAGAAAAAUCCAGUGUGGCGCCUUCCCCUUCAGUUACUUACUGUAUUGCACUGACAAAUUAAAUUGACUCAACACAUGAAAUGAUUGCAAUUUCAAGGUAAUUGAUGUAAAUUGGUGUUUUUGUUGUGAAUGCAAUUCAAUAAAAGCAAUUUACAAUGUAA